GGGAGAGAGGAAAAAAAAAAAAAAAUUUUUUUUAAAAAAAUAAAUAAUAGGUGGCAACGUUGGAAAAUGUUGGUCUUUGGAGGGGAAACAGACUCUCGUCGGAUCCGAUAUUGGAAAAAGUCGCUCAUAAUGUACCAGAAUUUUGGCGAUGCCUUUGGACUUAGAUCCAUCAGGUGAGGAGAGUAAUGACCAUCUUGUUCCUUACUAUGGUUAUCUCAUAUUUCGGUUGCCUGAAAGCUGCCCCAAUGAAAGAAGCUGGAGGCCGAGGUCAAGGCGGCUCCCUGUACCCAGCUCUACGGCCUCAUGGGACGCUGGACAACCUGAUAAGUGGUGGAGGAGGAGGUGGACGAGGUGGAGGAGGAGCAGGAGGCGGUGGUGGUGGAAAUGGAGAACUGGGCUCUUUGGCCAACACGUUCGAGCAUGUGCUGGAGGAGCUACUGGAGGUGGAACAGGAGCCCAGGCCGAGCGAGGGAGGCAAGGACGUGGAUUUGUAUUCGUCCAGGGUCAUGGUGAGCGGCCAAGUGCCUUUGGAGCCGCCCUUGCUCUUCCUGAUGGAGGAGUACAGGAACUAUUUGGAGGCGGCCAACAUGUCGGCCAGGGUGAGGAGGCACUCUGACCCUGCCCGGCGCGGCGAGCUGAGCGUGUGUGACAGUAUUAGCCAGUGGGUGACCGCCGAGGCGAAAAAGACAGCCGUGGACAUGUCGGGGCAGACUGUGACCGUCCUGGAGAAAAUCCUCGUCCCCAACGGCCAACUCAAGCAAUACUUUUACGAGACCAAGUGCAACCCAAAGGGUUUCACCAACGAAGGGUGUCGAGGGAUAGACAAGAAGCACUGGAACUCCCAAUGCAAAACCAGCCAAUCUUACGUGCGAGCCCUGACCAUGGAUAGCAGGAAAAGAAUUGGGUGGAGAUUUAUCAGGAUAGACACGUCCUGUGUAUGUACAUUGACCUUUAAGAGGGGAAGAUAGUGAAUUCACCUGUAUAGAUUUUAUCGAGAAGUUAUCUAUUUGUAUAUAUUACAUUACAGGGUAAAUUAUUCCGUGGGAGAGAAAAAAAAACGAUGACAGAGAAAAAAAAAUAAUAAUUUUAUGGACUGCAUGUAUAAAUGAAGUUUAUACAGUAAAAAAAAAGUGGUUUUACGGUCUAUUUAUUGAACAUUUCCAUGACCCGAGAAGAGAGAGAGAGAGAGAGAGAG